GUAUUGCAAUGGGAACACCGCACAACUCGUUGGUUCUCUAAUUUUAAAGUUUCGAAACGGUGAUAAAAUUCCAACAUGGCGGAGGCGUCUGUUGCUAUGAAGAGUGACGCUUCGAUUGUUCCCAUUCAAUAGUUAAGUGCAUUUGUGGAUGAGACUGUGAAUUUAUUCAUAAAUUGUCGACAUGGAUUCUGCAAAAAUCAACUCCCAAAGCCAGCUUCUGGAAAGUGAUGAUAUACCAGAAGAUGAAUUAUACGACGAGGGUGAUUAUGAGGAUCUCUAUGGUUUGGAGUCAGACGAUUCUGAAGAUCUUGAGUUACGAGACUUGGAGGAUGAUGACCUUUCUCUGGCUGCAAGUGUCUCUAUGUCUCAGGGGAACAAGAAAGAACAUAAUGGAUCAGGAGACCAUGCUAAAAAAGGGGAAAGCACAUCGAAAGACCUAGCCCUUUUUGAGCCUGAGGACGGAGCUAAUGAGGAUGAUAUUGGCAGUGAUGAAGAGAGGGAAAUCCUCAAAGGAAUCCGAGAUGAAAUUGAGAAUAAGGUCAGAGAAGAAAUGAAGGACGAACUUGAUGGUUACAAGCAAAGGAUGAAAGCCAUUGAGUCUGGCCAGAUCCCAAGUGCAGACAAAAAUGAAGAUGACGCUGAUGAUGCGAAGGAAAUGGAUCCAAAACUCAAAGAAGCCAUCUUGAAGAUGAACAAACUGGACAAGAUUUUGAAAAAGAAAAUAAGGAAAGAAAGAGAAGUGAAAAGAGACAGAAUACUUUUGGAGAAAAGGAUGCGUGAAGAGAUUUCUGAAAUGCAGCAUGGUUCUGCUCAUUACAAAGAGAUCAAAACAAACACUGAGAGAUUUUUAGCUUUGGCGCCGCCCCCUAGUCAUAAUGAAGGUAUUAGGAUUGAUGAGGAGGAUACGGAGGUUCCUCCUUUGUUUCAAACUCAAAUUGAUGACAAUGAUAUUCUAUGGAGUGAAGGCAAGUCGAGAAAUCUUGCCCCUGAGGAUGUGGCUGAACUGAAUAAUGGUAGUGGAUCCUGUGCUGGUCAGUCUAGUCGCAGUGGCAGCACAAGAGCUGGUACCAGGGCUUCACGACCAGGGGGAAAAGGGAAGAAACCCUCAAAGAACUUCAUCAAAAGAAAUAAAGAGCUUGCUGCCGAUGCUGAUCAACUUGUUGCCAUGACUGAUGAUGAAAAGAAAAGACUGCAGGAUCUGCUCACAGAUGUGGAUGAAAUGCCAGAACUGCAAGACUCGGAACAAGAUGACACCUUGUUGGAAGCCAAUGCUUUUCAAGUGUCCAUCCACCCUGGAGAAGGGUUCCGACCAGACAACAUUGAGCAGAAAAGUUUGAGCAACAUCAAUAACAGAUUAAGGUCGAUCAUGCCGGAUGAAAGCUUCCACUCCAUCAUGGGUUCCAGCGACCACCCAAAACCCAUGUCUCAACCUCCUUUGUUCAGUCGCGUUGGGCUGCACAUUGGAGGGGAGAUCCCGGAGCGGUUCGGGGAGCGCGUUCUCUAUGACACCAAGGAGGAGAGGGAACUCAAAGCCAGGCUUGAGUCCAUUGAGGACCAGCUGGAUAGAUUUAAGGCUCAGAAUGACUCCGAGGUGGACGGUACCACUCACCUCACAGAUGAGCAGCUGGACAACCUGCUGGACCAGUGUGCCAGGGAUUUUUCCCGCAUGUCCUACAGCAAUAUGGACACACCUGAGCUGUCGUCAAGAUCCCAGAUUUCAUCUCGACAGUCGCUCAUGGAAAACCCGCCCAAAUUGUCAGAGGAGCAGUUACAACAGCUGCUCUCCGAGGCUCAUUUUCCUCUUAGCUCCGUCCUUCUCUCUCUCCGAGAUGAUGACCAGAAGAUAGAAGAAGAAGAAGGAAAUGCAGAAACAAUCAAAGCAGAAACCUGGAAGGCGAUCAGUGAAGAGGAUGUGCAGGGCAAGGAACAUGCAUUGCAAAGUAUCUCUCAAAGGGAAAAGAGUGAAGAGAAUUUGUCUCAGAAUGCCUCUGAAAACUCUGGUGGGUUGAACAGCCAGAGAGGAGAGAGCGUGCAAGACAAGUCUGGCAAUAACAGCCUGGUGUUUCAGAGUUUUGAUAGUGACAAAUCACUACCAAAUGAAGCUGGAGAGGUGGGGCCUUCCGAUUCUUCUGUUGCCGAGUCGUUAACUGGUGCUACGUCCAUGCAAGACUCUGCUCGGGAGACCCCCGUGCUACCGAGAAUCAACCCCCAGACCCCCUCCCGGUCUAGCUUCAGCGCUGAAAGUACCUCUGGGAUGUCAGCAACGCCUACUUUGAUGAACCCCAGCUCACAUAGUGUUGAUUCCAGCUUAGGAGAGCCUGUACGCUUGCCUGAUAUUCAAUCUAGUUCUUUCCUCAUUCAAGCUGCCCAGGGUAUGAACAAUGAGAACAAGAGAAGUACGGACAGUUUGCCGUCCCGAAGACCUCUUCAGAUGGUUCAUAAUGAUUUGUCGGAGAGUAGAAAUUCCAUGGGCAGUUCUGUGGAUGAACUAGAGAGGUCUCUGAGCACAAACAGCAGAUCUCCGAUUGGUGCCAACCCGCAUUUGAUUCCAAGGCCACCGUCAAAGGAUGGACCACCAGGAAGAACGUCUUCAAGGCCUUAAUCAUCUUAAUGUUCAAGUUCAAGUCAAGCCACAGAAUGUUCACAUCUUAGUUAAAGUAACUUUUAAAGUUUUUAUCUCAUACAAUUUGAAACAAUAGAUGGUUUAUUUUAAGUUCAGUUUUCAAGUUAAGCCACAAUAUGUUCACAUAAAAAAAAUAAUCAAAGUAACAUUUUAUACAUUUUGGGUCUCAACAAAGUGGAAUCAGGUGCUCGUCAAUUUUUGGGUAAUGGGGAAUUAUUGGUAUAAUCUCAAAGCUUGUUCAUUUG